AUGGCUCAACCAGAGAACGAAACAUCCGUGACAUAUAAAGAUUCGAAACAACUUAUUAUUUUAUUAGAUCCAAAUCAGACAAUGAAACAACUAGCUGAUCAAAUUAUAGAAGAGUUGCUUGUUUUCUGCGAUAAAACUGCAUGUUUCGAUUAUAUUAAAGGAAAUAACCUGCAGCAGAUUUAUUUUAUUGUAUCCGGUAAUAAUGCUGAAGAUGUCAUAGACGAUCUAAUCUCGCUGCCACAAAUUCAUUGCGUAUAUAUAUUUUGUGUCGAUGUUUACUAUUAUGAACAAUGGGCUAAACCAUAUAAUAAAAUAUUAGGCGUUUUUCAUACGGAUGAUAGUCUAAUCGUGAAACUAGCGCAGGAUCUAGCGUUUUAUUAUGUUCAACAAGGAAAUAAUUAUCGGUCAAGUGGUAAUGAUGGUCUUGCGGGCCUGAAUUACCGGCGUGCGAGAAAUAUUUACUAUACCCUUUACAACUACGUACUGAAACAAGACGAUCAGUUAAAAAAAUGUAGCGUAGAACAGAGUUAA